CAAGUAAUUUCAGAGUAAAAAUCCCUAAAUACAUGUAUGAACUCACACCCACUACAACGGUUGCAUUUAGUUUUGUUUUUCUGUAUUUUGGGGGUUUCAUCUUACUGGGCUUUCAUACCAAGCAUACAAAAAUAAGAUUAUUAUUUUCCAACAGUGGAUUGGGGAUAUUAUGUGCCUUCUUGAGUUUGGAAGCAAAAACGUUUAAUUUUGUGGAACCUAAUUAUGCACCCAAACAGUAUAAUCAUACAUGUCACAGGCAAAUAUUGAGAAGAUAUGGAUGACUUAAGGUUCUCAUUUUCUAAAUUCUGGCACAAAUUAGGUGCAGAAGGCUUCUUGGUGUGAUGUUAAAACAUAAAAGCAUCAGCAUGACACAUUAAUCUUGUAAUCUGAGUCUGGUUAGACUUGAAAAUGUUGUCAUACUCUGUAUGAAAGCCCAGUGAUCAAUAAAUCUGACAUUUUCAUUGAUUUAGCACCUUUACACUGGUGCACAACAGCAAAUGAACAGCUGUGGCUGACUUGACUGUUUGUGGUGCAGCCAGUGUAAACAAGGUGUCCUGAGUCCCAUGUUAUUAAAUCAUUGCCCGAUCACCAACAUUAAUCAAAACCAAAAGAAUUAUAUAAAAAAAUAUUUGGUAUAAAAAUAUCUAAUGAGUACCAUUUUUGGUAAUAAUGGUUCAGUUUACCUGUUUUUUUUUUGUUGUUUUUUUUAAAACAUUUAUCAGAGUCAUUUACCACAAAUCUCUCUCACACACACACACACACACACACCAGUACUGCAGGAGUAAGUCAGCAUGACUAGUGAGGGGAGAUCUAAUCUAUGAUCAAAGAAGGGGGGUACACUUUUUUUUCCUUUUUCUUUUUCCAGCUGCAGUCUAUCAUAAUUGGCCACCACACUACAGCUACCUACUAAGCUAACUUACACGAUUUCGUCAAUGGGAACAUGUUGUGAGGCCAAACUUCAGAUUGCUGACGGCGCUAAAGACAUCAAGUCAAGAAGAAUAUGGUGUCAACUUCAGCUCGCUGAAAGGACCUAACUGUGAUUAGGGUACCUCAGGGGACCCAGACUGGGAUGCCACGGAGAUGUUGAACACAUGUUAUGGCGGAGCACAACUUUUCUAACUUCUCUUGACCAUUGCGAGCACUUGGCGAUACUAAUGGAGCACCUCCAGGGAGCAUGGAAGACCCUGAGCAACGGCUUUGGAAUGAAGGACUCUUCGUACGAUGGCCCGUGCCUUUCCCCAACCAUGGUCCAGAGUUUUACCUGCCAGCGUCGCUCCUCAGACGACGGCAAGAUGCCCGACUCCAAGACGAGCAGCACUAUCCGUGUCUACCUCCCAAACCAGCAGCGCACUGUGGUAAAUGUGCGACCAGGUAUGACUCUGUACAGUUGCCUGAUUAAAGCAUUAAAGGUGAGAGGGCUGCAGCCUCAGUGCUGUGCCGUCUUCAGGCUGCAUCCAGGACCGAGGAGUAAAAAGUUAAGGAUGGACUGGAACACCGACUCCACCUCCCUUAUUGGGGAAGAGCUGCUGGUGGAGGUUUUAGACCAUGUUCCCUUGACGACGCAUAAUUUUGUACGGAAAACAUACCUGAAACUAGCGUUCUGUGACAUUUGCCAGAAAUUUCUUUUGAAUGGUUUCCGCUGCCAAACGUGCGGCUACAAAUUCCACGAGCAUUGUAGCACCAAAGUGCCCACGAUGUGUGUGGACUGGAGCAAUAUCAGACAACUCCUAUUGUGUCCAACACCUGGUGAUAGUGGCGCCCCGUCCCUGCCCCCGCUGACGUCCCGGCGAAUGAGGGAAUCCUUAACACGAUUUCCAAGCUCGGCCCAUCGAUAUUCCACCCCUCACGCCUUCAACUACACCACGCCCUACACACCCACAGGGGGCGGUCUCUCCCAGAGGCAGCGCUCCACUUCCACGCCCAACGUCCACAUGGUUAGCACCACCCUGCCUGUAGACAGCAGCAUGAUUGAGGAUGCAAUGCGUGAUAAUGACUCGGCGGGGAGUUCCCCCAGCCAGAGUCCUACAGGCUGGUCCCAGUCCAAAGCCCCUGCGCCUGCCCAGCGAGAGAGGGCCACGUCCUUCAACACUCAGGAGAAAAAUAAAAUUAGGCCGAGGGACAAGCGGGACUCUAGUUACUACUGGGAGAUCGAGGCCAGUGAGGUCUAUCUGAACUCCCGCAUCGGUUCUGGCUCCUUUGGAACUGUAUACAAAGGGAAAUGGCAUGGUGAUGUAGCAGUAAAGAUUUUAAAGGUGACUGAUCCCACACCAGAGCAGUUCCAGGCAUUCAGAAAUGAAGUGGCAGUACUGAGGAAAACACGACAUGUCAACAUCCUGUUGUUCAUGGGCUAUAUGACGAAGGACAACCUGGCCAUUGUGACCCAGUGGUGUGAGGGCAGCAGCCUCUACAAACAUAUUCACGUCCUGGAGACAAACUUCAAGAUAAUCCAGCUCAUAGACAUUGCCAGGCAGACAGCUCAGGGCAUGGACUAUCUCCAUGCGAAGAACAUCAUCCAUCGGGAUAUGAAGUCCAACAACAUCUUUUUGCAUGAAGGUCUAACAGUCAAAAUAGGGGACUUUGGGCUCGCUACCGUGAAGGCCAGAUGGAGCGGCUCGCAUCAGGUGGAGCAGCCUUCUGGAUCCAUUCUCUGGAUGGCUCCUGAGGUUAUCCGGAUGCAGGAUAACAACCCCUACAGCUUCCAGUCUGAUGUCUAUUCCUAUGGAAUUGUUCUCUUUGAACUCAUGACGGGAGAGCUCCCAUACUCCCAGACAGCAAACAGAGAUCAGAUUAUCUUCAUGGUGGGAAGAGGCUAUUUGUCCCCUGACCUCAGCAAGCUCUACAAGAACUGCCCCAAAGCCAUGAAAAGGUUGGUGGCCGACUGCAUCAAGAAAUCCAAGGAUGAGAGGCCGCUCUUCCCGCAGAUCCUGUCCUCCAUUGAGCUUCUCCAGCAUGCCCUCCCUAAGAUAAACCGCAGUGCCUCAGAACCGUCCCUGCACAGAGCCUCGCACACUGAGGAUAUCAAUGCCUGUACUCUGACCUCCACCAGACUGCCUGUUUUCUAGACGCUCAGACAGCACUGCCCCUCCUCCUCCUCCUCGAAAUAUUCGAAAUAGUCCAAAUGCUCAGUACGUCCAAAUUCUCUCUGCGUACAAUAUAAACCUGAAAAAAAAAUAUACAUGCAAUCAAUACAUAAACCUUUUGCUAAUCAGUAUGUGUAAGGAAACGAGGAGAGAGGGAAGUGCGGAGAGAAGUGUGAUUUACUAUGGAAGGGAGUGAGUGAUGAUGGAUUGCAGUGGGAUGCACACAUGAAGAGGUGGUGCCUUGCUUAUCGCUGCACGUAUUAAGAACUAUGCAGAGGCUCCACGGUGGUAAACAUUUUAAAUACAUGCACGCACACCUACCUAAGACGACGAUAAAUGGACACUGAAGGAAGCUCAAGAGGAAGACAGAUGCGUCUCUCUUGAUUCAGGUUCGGUGACGUGAAGCACAGCCCUUCUAUCUGCUCGCCGUGAUGAAGAGGACCUUUGAAGCUUACCUGCCUUAAGAGGAAAAUGAAGCCUGGACAGAGAUCCCGCACAAUUCACCUCUUAUCACAAACAAAAGCCGUUGGAUGUAGUCCAUUUAGUUGCACAGUAGUAGUUGAUUUUUCAUUGUCUUAAAUGAUGUUGGAGUAGAUAUGGGAAAUUGUUGUCGUUUUUUUUUUUUUUUUUUUUUUUGAUGUUGUUGUCUUUGACUUCUUUUAACUGUCUUUUAUUUUUUUUGGGUCAUUUUGGAGGAAUUGAUGCCGGUCAGACAGCGAGUGUGGGGGUGACGAUGGAAGAAUUGAAUUUGCACAUUUUAGCAAAAGCAAUGGUUAUGUUUCAGCAGUCGACAGAUCGAGUUUCACAGCUCUUGAGAAAACUGAUCUGUAGAUACACAAACACAUUCUUAUCAGUCUUCACUGUGGGUAGGUUGUCAUGAGCUGGACAUUUGGUGGUUGUCUUAAAUAUUUAAAAUGAUUUGGAAACUAAUUUGUACUUGUUUAUCAUGUCUCUUUCAGGAGGUUAAACGUUUUAUUGUGAACUUGGUGAGAAAGUUGUCUAUUCAAUAUUUUAAUAAAAAUUAAGUUAAAUUUC